AUGAAGGGACAUCUCUCCACUCUGGUCCUGUGGCUUCUUCUCCUCGCAAUUCAGGACAUAGCAGGUGCUGAUGAGCUGAGGCUGGCGGACGGAGGCAGCCCCUGUGCCGGGAGAGUGGAGGUUAAACACCAGGAUCGGUGGGGGACGGUGUGUGAUAACAACUGGGACAUGGAAGAUGCUGAGGUGGUUUGUAAGCAGCUGGGAUGUGGAUUUGCUGUCAGUGCCCCCGGCUGGGCUCAUUUUGGAGAAGGAUCUGGACCAACUUGGCUGUUUCUAGUUGAUUGUGGUGGUGACGAGUCAGCUCUCUGGGACUGCAGGCAUAGAGGAUGGGGUGCACAACAGUGCUCUCAUUAUUAUGACACUGGAGUGAUCUGCUCAGGGCACAUUAAGCCCCGGCUGGUUGGAGGGCAUAGUGCCUGUUCAGGACGUGUGGAAAUAAGAGAUGGAGAAACAUGGACCACAGUCUGUGAUGCCCACUUUGAUCUCAAAGCUGCCAAUGUUAUCUGUAAUGAACUGCAAUGUGGAACAGCUCUAUCUAUCCCAGGAGGAGCUCACUUUGGAGAAGGUCAUGGAUCAAUCUGGACUGAAGCGUUCCAGUGUGUGGGGAAUGAGUCCCACCAUGCGUAUUGUCCCAGGAUAUCGAACAUCAGUCAGACAUGCUCACACGCAAAUGAUGCUGGAGCCAUAUGCUCAGGGCACACAGGGCUCCGGCUGGUGAACGGCAGCACAGCGUGCUCAGGGAGGGUGGAGAUCCAGGUUCUUGGUGCCUGGGGAACCCUCUGUGACUCACUCUGGGAUUUACCAGAUGCCAACGUUCUCUGUCGUCAGCUCAACUGUGGAUUCGCUGUAUCAGCCCCAGGAGGAGGGUAUUUUGGGAAGGGAACAAGCUCUGUCCGGGCAGACACAUAUCACUGUAAAGGAACUGAACCCCAUUUGGGCCAUUGCCCUGUUACUGCCCUGGGGGCCUCUCAGUGCUCCCAUGACAAUGAUGCCAGUGUGGUUUGCUCAGGUCGUUCUGAGUCAAUCAGGCUGCUGAAUGGAGACAGCCGGUGUGAUGGGAGAGUUGAGAUUUCCCUCCAUGGUGUGUGGGGCAGAGUGCUGGAUGACCAGUGGGACAUGAAGGAUGCCAGUGUGGUGUGCAGGCAACUACAGUGCGGAGUCGCUGAGAAAGCUUAUAACCCCCCAAAGUCUGAGCGAGGAACAGGCCCUGUGGGGCUCAGAAGGGUCCAGUGUGCAGGAAAUGAGACUCGUCUGACUCUCUGUGACAACUCCACAUCUGAGACAGCCCAGGCAGGAAUUGCUCAGGAUGUUGGUGUUGUCUGCUCAGGGAGCAGGCGGAUCAGACUGGUGAAUGGGACAGGUCGCUGUGCCGGGAGAGUGGAGAUUUAUUACAAUGGCAGCUGGGGGACAGUCUGUGAUGAUUCCUGGGACCUACUGGACUCCAGUGUUGUCUGCAAACAACUGGGAUGUGGACAUGCCAUCAAUGCAACUGUCUCUGCUCAUCAUGGGGAAGGAUCUGGGCAGAUCUGGCUGGAUGAUGUGAACUGCUCUGGGAAUGAAUCCAAUCUCUGGGCGUGUCCUUCCAGAGGCUGGGGCCAGCACAACUGCAGACACAAAGAGGACGCGGGAGUUCUCUGCUCAGAAUUCACAGAUCUGAGGCUCGUGAGCAACAGUGACUGUGCUGGGCGGCUGGAGGUUUUCUACAAUGGGACGUGGGGCAGUGUUUGCUCCAAUCAGAUGUCUGGAGACACCCCAACAAUUGUCUGCAAACAGCUGAACUGUGGGGAUGGAGGACAGAUUGAAAAAGACUUUGAAUAUGGAGCAGGUUCUGGUCCCACGUGGCUGGACCAUGUUGCAUGCAGUGAGCAGCACAGCUCCCUCUGGCAGUGCCCGUCAGAGCCCUGGGAUCCAAAGUCAUGUGAUAACCGAGCAGAAGAGACCCAUAUUUCUUACCAGGAGAAGUUACGUGUCGUGGGAGGAGAGGACGGAUGCUCGGGGAGAGUGGAGGUUUGGUACCGUGGCUCCUGGGGAACAGUUUGUGAUGACUCCUGGGACAUGGCGGAUGCUAACGUUGUGUGUAAACUACUGGGCUGUGGAUCUGCUGUAUCUGCCCCGGACAAGGCUGCAUUCGGCGAGGGGACUGGUCCCAUCUGGGUGGAGAAAUUGAAUUGCCGAGGGACAGAGUCAUCUCUCUGGGACUGUCCUGCCAAGCCCUGGGGUGAGAGCAACUGUGACCAUAAGGAAGAUGCUGCUGUGAAUUGCUCAGCUCCCCAACGCCGCCCUCAGACUGACAGUGGGAGAGUCACAGUGCCCGUGGUCAUCUGCAUUAUCCUGGGGGCCCUGCUCUGCCUGGUCUUAAUCAUCCUGGGGGCGCAGGUGCGAAGUGCCAAGGCACAGCGCAGAGGCUCCAGAAGACCCUUGGAUCCCUUCUCUGAGGCUGUGUACGAGGAGAUUGAUUAUAACCUGAUGAGAAAGAAGCAGGAGAUGUUCAGUCGCUCAGUCUCCUAUUCAGAUGACUCAGUGGCGAAGCUGCAGUAUUACACCGGGGACAGCGAGGGGGAAAAUGAUCCUGGAUCAGAACAAGAGGGAGCUUCCCCAGGGGGGUCUCAGUUGGAUUAUGAUAAUGUGGAGGAACCUGCCUUGAACGACGUCCCCGAGACUCCAGACGGCCGAGAUGCCCUUGCCCUGCCUGGAGAUGUCACAGGGGAUGGUUAUGAUGAUGCCAGAGAAGUGUCUGACACUGAAGGUGACCCUGCUUUGGGGCAGAAUGAUGAGGAAGUCACUGGAGCGAAUGACAGGAAUUCACAGCCAGGUACACUCACCAGAGGUUCCUUCUCCGCCUUCAAGGUCCGUGAGCCUGCCUUCGGUGGGUUGGGAGGGUACUGGCUCCAGGUUGAUAAAGAGUUCCUGGCUGUUGGGGAAAACGGUUUCUCCAUUUGCUUGCUGUAUGCUAUCUUCAACCUCCUUUUUAUCAUCAUCUUCCUCGUCUCCAAAAUCGGCAUCCCUGUGGCAUGA